UUCUUGGUUUUCUGUCUCACAAAUGAAGUGAUUGUAAGAUGUUUCACGUACUGCAAGAGGUCAGCCAAAUUACCAUUAUCCAGGAAUAAGAGGAAGACUACAUUACAUCUGUCUUCACAGCUGGAGAUACUGUCAGGAACUUUGGACAUACACUGAAGACUUUUAAAGGAUCUUUUUGAAAGUUACAGCAGAUCAGUACUGAUGGAUGUAUUUCCACCUCUGUGGCUUUGCUUUCAUCUCUUUAUUGCCGUUCAAGCGAGUGGUGAGCACCACUCUUUAAGUGUUUCUGUGCCCAAACGCUUCUACGAGUGUCCUGAGGGGGCCAACGUCACUCUAAUAUGUACCCAGUCCGGACUCAAGGUUGACCCAGGGGACAAGCUUCAUUACAAAUGGCUCUUUACGUCUCACACAGAGGAACACUGUCAAAGGGGCCACCAUCCGCGCGGGGCCGGUAACACCAACCGCUCGCUGGGUGUACAGUACAGCACUGGCGAACAGAUCUUCUCCAUCACCCUGCAAAACAUCAAAGCCAAGGACCAGGGCAGAUACUGCUGCCUUGCUUUUGAUGUCCAGGUCAGGAACCACAAAGUCCAGCACGAUGCCCAUAACUACAUCUACCUGACUGUGAUGCCAGCUCACAACGGCAGUCUGAAGUGUAAUGAGUGGACCCACAAUCCUUCCGAUGACUCGGUGGCUGAAGGUCUGGCUAUCGCGGCUUGCUUCGCUUUUAUUCUUUGUCUCCCCCUCAUACUGAUUCUGGUUUACAAACAGAGACAAACAUCAGAGCACAGCAGACGUGCACACGAGCUGGUGCGUAUGGACAGUGCACAGGGGCAUGAGAACGCAGUGUUUUGCGGUGAUUCUCCAGAGCCUAAACCACGGACUGUAUCUCAAAUCAUGCGUCAGUCUUCUGAAACAGGACACCACCUCUUGUCGGACCCCGGAACUCCAUUCUCCCCAAACAUACAAGGGGACGUCUUCUUCUGUAUGCCGGAAUUCAGUCCUGAGUCUCCAAACCUUCUUCAGGAGUAAGAGACGUUCACUCCCAGGAACACCGGGUGCUUUAUCCUUCUCUGCAUCAUCAUGCCUCUAUUCUUCCUGUCUACUGCAAGGAUGACGAAGAGUGACCCUCAAAACCAGGAGAACUCAACACAUCGCUACAUCACUGCAGAUGUUUUCUGGUCACAUGUUUCCUGCCCAGCGAUCAGAAGGAACAUCUGACUAUUCCACAACUUCCGUGGACUGUCAGGGUAUUUCACGAAAGCGAUCCGAAGAGGACGACCUGUUUAACGUGUGCUUUCCUUGCUGUUUGGGUCAACUGAAACAUAGCUGUAGAUUUCUGUGGAACAUUUUUAAAGUGUCACAUACAGAUUGUGGCUCUACUUGCACUUCAAUGGCUGUUUCUUCCUCUUCUCGUUUCUCUCAUCAGUAUUUCUACCAUCUACCAUCCAUCCUACCAUCCUUUUCCUCUUUGAGAUAUUCAUCCUCUGUUUUAGAGGUCAGAGAUGGAUUAAUACCUCAGACCCUGCUCUCCCAUAUCAGUACUUUUAUAAUCCACACGAAACCAGUAAGACUCCGUAAAAUUGGCCCAAAACCUUCAGCGAUAAACACACCACUCUGCUACUCACACAUCUGUAUUUCUACCACUCAUGAUGAAAAAAAUAUGUGUUAAAUGUGUCACUGUUUACCACUGAAAUGGUGCUGGAAUUGAUGCUCUCUUGGGAAUCUCGCUACUAGUUUUGAGAACUUAUUUUAACACAUUGAACAGAAUUGAAUUCGGUGUCUUUACUCAACAGAUUGAACACCAGCACCGCGUCAAUGGUAACAAAAGAUCUUGCACCAUCUCGACAUCAGAACCGCUAGGUGCUGUUUUAAAGCCUCUCGCGGUGAGCGUGGAUCUGUUGUGGUGCUUUUAUCAGGUUUGUAGCUUACAGUGUAUCAUGCAGUUUGUGCAAUUUCUUGUGAUAUGUUUUAAUAGUGACAGAAAAUGAAAAUCGUUUCCUUGAUGUCAUUCCAAACCUGUAUGACUUUCUUUCUUCUGCAUUGGUAACCAAACAACCCCCAUUGACUUUCACUGUAUGGAAGCAAAACCACUGAGACAUUUCUCAAAAUAUCUUCUUUCGUGUUCCAUAGAGAAAAAGUGUCAGGUUUUGAAUGACAUGAGGAUAAAUAAAUGAUGAAAGAUUUUUUAUUUUGCGGUGAACUAUCCCUUCAAUAAGGGCCAUAUUGAGGACACAAAAGAAGAGAUUUUGUAUAUUUUAUAUUGAUUUUUUACACUGCCAUAUCUGGUGCGUGCGUGCGUGUGUGUGUGUGUGUGUGUGCGUGUGUAUGUUUUACUAUUUAGCUGGACCUCAAUUGAAAUAAAAAAGCAAAGCGCUGGUCGACUUUCAAGAAGCUUCGGAUUCGAAAUUCACUGCCAUAGAGACUGCCAAAACUUUGCUUGUAGAUGAAUGAAUGAAUCACUGAAUGGACGGAUGUAUAUUAGGUGAACAUUUUCAAAUCUGCUUUGUACAAAUGCUGAUAAAACACUGUGUCUGUACGAUAUAUGUAGCUCAAGAUGACAUAUGUAGACAAUGCUGUGCAAUAUGAUACAACUGCUGAUACAAUCAAAGAUUGCUUUUAUGUCUUAUGCCAAUAAAUAUUAAGUUCUCGUGAGA